GGCCCUUGCAGCCGCGAUGUCAGGAGCCCAGAGCGCGAAACACUGGCAGGAUGGCAGGGCGAGAAGCUAGGGCGGAGCCUGGCGUCCCCUCUCGCGUCCGGCCGCGCCCGUCAGCUGAGCUGCGGAGAGACAACCGGCCGCUGCCGCCUCUGCUAGCUGUCCCUGCGGAGCGCCAGCCCCGGUGGAGCCGGCCUCACUGCGCUCGGCCCUGGCGCGUCCCUAGUUUCAACCCCGACGCGGGGUCGCAGGGCCCGCGCCUGCGCAGCGCGGGAGGGGCGCGGACCGGGACCCUCGAGCCAGCGCGUGCGCGGACCGAGCACUGGGCGGGGGGUGGGCGCCGGGGUGAGCCUUUGGGGGCCGCAGCCCCACUGAGGCGGCGGCCCGGGGGCAAGAGAAGCACGGGCCGACUGCGCCCGGCUGGGCCAUGGCGUUCUUAGCCGGGCCGCGCCUGCUGGACUGGUCCAGCUCGCCGUCGCACCUGCAGUUCAACAAGUUCGUACUGACCGGCUACCGGCCCGCCAGUAGCGGCUCCGGCUGCCUGCGUAGCCUCUUCUACAUGCACAACGAGCUGGGCAACAUCUACACGCACGGGCUGGCCCUGCUGGGCUUCCUGGUGCUGCUGCCCAUGACCAUGCCCUGGGGUCAGCUGGGCAAGGAUGGCUGGCUGGGGGGCACACACUGUGUGGCCUGCCUGGCACCCCCUGCUGGCUCUGUGCUCUAUCACCUCUUCAUGUGCCACAAAGGGGGCAGCCCUGUGUACACCCGGCUCCUUGCUCUGGAUAUGUGUGGGGUCUGCCUCGUCAACACUCUCGGGGCCCUGCCCAUCAUCCACUGCACCCUGGCCUGCAGGCCCUGGCUGCGCCCAGCUGCCCUGGUAGGCUACACCGUGUUGUCGGGUGUGACUGGCUGGCGGGCCCUCACCGCCCCUUCCACUGGUGCCCGGCUCCGCGCCUUUGGCUGGCAGGCUGGUGCCCGCCUCCUGGUGUUUGGGGCCCGGGGAAUGGGGCUGGGCUCGGGGGCUCCAGGCUCCCUCCUCUGCUACCUGCGCAUGGAUGCACUGGCACUACUCGGGGGCCUGGUGAACGUGGCCCGCCUGCCGGAGCGCUGGGGACCUGGCCGCUUCGACUACUGGGGUAACUCACACCAGAUCAUGCACCUGCUCAGCGUGGGCUCCAUCCUCCAGCUGCAUGCUGGCGUCGUGCCUGACCUGCUCUGGGCCGCCCACCACGCCUGCCCCCUGGAUUGAGUCACCUCCUGCCUGCCAUGCGGGCCGGCCCAGUCUUCCAGGGCCAAGAGCACCAUGCUUCCCUCCUCCUGCUGCUCUGCGAGGGCCUGGCUCCCUGGAUGCUUCCAGCAAACAGGACUUCCCAACAGGGAUCCCUCAUCUGUUUACCCAUUCUUGCCUGUGGACUAGCCUCUUCUCCUCCUCACACCUUAGAUUUCCAGCUUCCUUUCUCUGGGCCUCAGUUUACCCUCUGUGAGUUGGGAUCCUGCCAGCCCAGAGCCAUCACCCCCCCGGCCCCUCCUGGGACCCUCAGAUAAGGUACCUCAUGGGUCCCUGGCCCAGCGUCUGGCCCAUGCUUCAUGCCCUCUGUCUUUCGGCCAGCAUACCAGCCCUCCCAGCAGCCCAAGGCUUGCCUCCCUCUUCUCCCUUCUGCCCAGAGACUGUGGAGUGAGGGGUCUGGGCAACAGGACUAGCCUCUUAUCUCAGGAUCGAGGGGCAGGAGGGCGGCUGCUGAUGCUUUUUCCAGGCAACUGGCACAGAGACACAGAGAGCUGAGUGGCCCUGGACCCAGGCCCUGCUGAGCUAAGGGCCCACCCUCCUCUUUGACAGCUUGACCUGCCUACCAGGGACAUACCUGCUCAAGAAAUCUCUGCUCCACACCAUGUGGGGCUCCCAGCUCCAGUCUGUGGGCCUGGGGCUGGGGGGCUUGCAGGAGAGCUCAGCCUCAACCCAUCCCCAGGGGCCUCAGAUCCUGGGCGAUGUCAAUAAAAGGGGCAGGAAGUGCUGGUUGCCAUGCAAGUGAGCUGGGGUGCUCCCGAGAUUCAAAUACCUUUUAUUAGACAUGGCCAGGCAGAAGGGACCCACUUUCCAGAGGGACCCCAACCUCCAGGAAGAUGGAGGGGAGGAGCUAAAAGGUUAAAAGUGCCGAGCUUGAGCCCACAGGCUCAGGCUGGGCCCAGUGAAUCCUCAAACAGGCUGAGGAGGUUCCGAGGCUCAAAGGAGGGGAAGGUGCCCCGAGGGGGCUCUGAGUCAAUGUCACUUAGAUCCAGAGCAUCCCUGGGGCAGGAGGGAGAAAAGAGAGAAGUGACUCCCAAGAUCUGAGAGCUGCCCUCCCACCCCCAGGACCGUGGGUCCGCUCACCUCAGCGUGUACCUGCUCCGGGGGGCAGGGGAGCCACUGCAGGGGGUGGAGGUGCUCCCGGAGGCCCUAGCCAGGAUGGCCUCUGGAGAGAGCGCGGGCCUACACAGGAUGAGCAAGACCAGCAAGGUGUCGGGGGUAGGCUGGAGUGGGUAGGGAGGGCCUGGAGAGGAGGCCACAGCUGGGUGGGAGCAGCAAGACUAGCCCUGUCCCCGGGGUGGGAGGCCAUGUCUCAGACAAUGGAAGUGUGGUGUAUUUUCAAAGAAGCACUUUGACAACUUCUAAAGUCCACCUGACCACACUCAGAGGCCCUUUUUGAAAUACAUGGGCUCUGCCUGAACUGGCUUUGAAAUGACCUUGUAGUAAAUGAAGCUUCUCUGGCACUUCAAGUCUGCUCUGAAGUGUACCCCUGGUGAUGGGGUAACAUUUCAUAAGGAAGGAGGUAAUGGUGUAAUCCCUCCUGAGAACUGUCAGCCCCUAGCGUGUGGUUUUCCUUUGCAGUAGUUUCUUAAUUACAGCCUCUUGCUUGGCCACCAGGCACCUGGGACUAAGGAAUUCCUCCCAGCGCAGGGCUUGCCAGGCUCUGGGGGCUUUGUCCUGGGAGAGGAAGGAUAAUGCCUUGUCCUUGUGUACUGGCAGCCUCUACGGGGGCGGGGGCUGCACUGCCUGCCUUUCCCAGCAGGACCAUGGCUCCCUAGCAUGGCAGCGCCCCAAGUGUGAGGUUGCCAGCCCCGCUGGACUCUGUACAGCCCCCGCCCCAUUCAUUGAGCUGAGAAGGAACAGCUGCACCACCCCCAGCCUUGGUUCCCUUCCUGGGGUUUGACGGGGGCCAGGAUUGUGGGAGGUGUCCCGCUUCACCACUAAUACCCCUGGGCUUCUGGCUGGGCCUCAAGUGUGGGGUUUGGCCCCCAAUGACAGCCCCCCCACAGCCGUCUGUCCCGAGCUCUCACCCACCCUGUGCUGUCAUCAUCCCAGUUGCUGGAGAGGCUGCUGUCCAGGAGGAGGCUGCAGCGUGGCGAGCCAGGCGGGGUGGCCGGCGGACCAGGGGGCUGCAGCCAGCUGGAAGGGUGAGCCAGCCCAUGCCAGAGCCAGCACAGCAGGGCCAGCAGGGCCUGUGGGGACAGGGGCAUGAGGGAGGCUGGGCAGACCCUGGGGCCAGACAGCAGAGCAGGACUGCCCAUCCCCUUCACCAGCCUACCUGCCACAGGGCCCACCCUCGACUGAGGGCUUCGGCAGCCAUGUACCACAGGACGCUCCAGGGCCGCGGCUGCCUGAGCAUGGGCAGGGCCAACAGGGCCUCGGCCGUGGCCCGCAGCUUGGGGUCAGGUUCCAGCAUCAUGGUGAGGACAGAACGCAGCUCAGAAGACAGGCCUAUCCAUGGAGCAGGGCCACAUUAGGAGUGACAGGCCCUCGAGCCCCAUGGUUCCCCACUGGCAGCCAUUCUCUACAAUGUGUCCCCCACUCACCAGCAGUGAACUCCGGGGGCAGGUAGCCCUGGCGCAGCUGCUGCCAGCCCUCCCCGCCAUGCGGCAGCUCCAUGUUGCAUGCCACUUCCAAGAUGGUGAGGCCCAGACUGGGAGGCACAGGGACAGAGAAGGGUACGGUUGGCCUUGAGACAUAGAAUCCAGAGCCCUAGGCUGCCCCCAGGAAGAGAGUGGGAAAGGGCUUCUGUCUUCUGCCAUGAGCCGGUGAGGUGGGGAAGCGGGGGCUGGGGGCCCUGAGAAGGUCUCUUCAGGGCUAAGGACAGGGACCACAUCAUGGAGCAUGGACCACUGUAGUGAGUCCUCCUAGCACCCUCAUCACCACCACCACCACCACCACAGGACUGGCACUCUGGUGGCUGUGGUUAACAGUGAUGCUCUCAUCAUUCAUUCUGUUGACAUGAUUGGAUACAUUCGAGGCAGAGCAGUGGUUACCAGAGUAGACUGUGGAACCCAGCGCCUGGUCCAGUCCCAGCUUCACCACCUGCUAGCUGUGGACUUGGGGAAAGUCUCUUAAUCUGCUGUGCCCAUUCCUUGUCAAUGAAGUAAUAAUAGUCCCUCCCAUGGAGGUGUGGUAAGGACAUGGGUGAAUCCCAUAAACUGGUUCCAGAGGGUUCAUUGCUUAGACAGCCUAACCCUUCAGAGCCCCCUAGACUAGGGGGCGGGACCUUGACCCCCUUGGGGAUGUGUCUCCUGUCCUGAGGCCAGGUCUUCAUGCCUUGGGGCUAGGAUGGUGUUCACCCUGCUGACCACACCCCCAGCCACCAGGGCAGGCCUCCCACAUCCCCACCCUUACCUGAACACGUCGGCCGCUGUCCCAUAAGAGCCUUGAAGCAGCUCAGGGGCCAUGUAGCGGGGGUCUCCUUCCUGGGCCUCGCUAGCUUCGGAUGCACCCAACUCCACCAGCAGCCCAAAGUCACCCAGCUUGCAGCGGCCCCGGGGCCCCAGGAAGAUGUUGGCGGGCUUGACAUCAAGGUGGACCAGGCCCUGGCCAUGUAGGUGGGCCAGGGCGAGCAGGGUGUCCCGCAGGUAACCCCAGACCUGGGCCUCAGGCAGGCCGGCCCCCCAGGCCUCACAGUGCUGCUGCAGGCUGGGCCCGCACAGCUCUGUCUGCAGGUACAGGAGGCCGCCCUCCUCCCAGGCUUGCUCCAGCCGCACGCAGCGCGGGUGCUGCCCCACCUUCUCAUGGCCGCCAACCUCAGCCAGCUUGCGGGCCCGGUCCUUGUGGCCCCGGAAUGGUGACAUGGAACGCUUCACUGCAUAGAGCCGGCCAUCCUCCUUGGAGCGCACCUGGAAGGGAAGGGGCACAACCAUUUAGGAGGACAGUCUGGCAGAUUCAGUCUGGCAGUGUGGCGUCUGCCCUAGAGAGACCCCUGUGAGUGCAAGAGCGAAGCUGGACAAACCUCCACCCCAGGUGCUGGUUUGCUGGAGCCUGAGAGAGGGCGAACCUCUAAGUACUGACUUGGGAAGGUGGCUAGGAUGCAUUAAGUGAAAAAAGCUGGCUACAGAACAAUACAGGCCAUCUGAUCUGCUGAGUAGCAUAUAAAAUGGGUUCUUCUCUACAUGGUCAACUCCAGAGAUGUACGGAGAAAGGUCCGGAAGGACGAACCACCUGAGAAUCACCAUGGUUUUCUCCAGGAAGGAGAGCUGAUCUAGGGGCCUGUUUGUACUUUUUAACAACAGAAUUGUCUUCAUAGAAUCCUUGUGUAAGGAAAAUGACCGUUUUAAAGAAAACAUACAUGAUUGGAAAAUAUAUUUUAAGAAACAAAA